AUGGCUUCUGGUGGCGGGCUAUUCCCCUUCGCUCUUGUGACUCUGUUCCUCUGCCUCACCUUCCCAUCUCCAUCGCUGUCCUCUGAUGACGAUAAGGUGAAAUUGUCCCUCUACUACGAAAGCCUGUGUCCCGGCAGCGCGGAUUUCAUAGCCAACCACCUCGUGAAGGCCAUCGACAACGGUCUCAUAAACAUCAUCGACCUCCAAAUUGUCCCUUGGGGAAAUGCUCAAAUCGACAACCGCUCCGGAGCAUUCAUAUGCCAGCAUGGUGAAGAUGAAUGCUACCUCAACACCAUUCAAGCUUGUGCCAUCGAGGUCUGGUCCGAUCUGCAACCGCAUUUCAAUUUCAUUCGCUGCGUGGAGGAUAAGAUCUCCAAGGGUGGGCUGCGAUCGGGGAAGGUCUCUGCCGCGUAUCAGGAAAAGCCCUCCUCAAAUGUUGCAGCCUCAAAAGUGUGGGAGUCUUGUGCUGAAGAGCUAAAAUUGGAGGAAGCAGGCAUCUACAAGUGCUACACCAGCGGACGUGGAAGAGAGCUUGAACUACAGUACAAGACCGAGACCGACAUGCUUAUUCCGCCUCACGAGUACACGCCGUGGGUUACCGUGAAUGACCAACCGCUCUACUAUGAAUUCUUGAAUUUCAUGGACUUCGUGUGCAAGGCUUACAAGGGCAGCCUGGCAAAACCCCCCGCUUGCAACUCGACUCGUUGA